AUGCAGCAUAGGCAUUGUAAACUGACUAGACAACAGAUUGUUUUAUAUGUCUUGGCCAUGGGCAUCUAUAAUGUUUAUUUCCACAAACUUGCGUCCUUUCCUGGGCCGUUGUUGGCAAGGUCCAGUUUGCUAUGGCGAAUCUAUCAUUCGCAGACUGGUCGCUUUCAUCUUGCUAUCGAGUCACAGCACCGUAAAUACGGCCACGUUUUUCGAGUAUCGCCUAACGAAUUGUCUUUUGCGUCCGUUGAGUCGUGGAAAGCCAUCUACGGACAUCGCGUUGGCGGUGCACCCACUCCCAUCAAGAGUGAAUUCUAUGACGUAUUUGGGGCUGGCUUCAAAUCUUUAUGCAUCGGGAGCGAGCGCGAUCCGCAUGAACAUGGUCGGAUGCGCAAGAUGCUUUCUGCCGCCUUUUCCACCAGGGUUCUUUUGGAGCAAGAAGACAUUAUCACCAAAGCAGUUGACCAAUUCAUUGAUAAACUUGGCACGGAUGGAGUGCAGGUGAACGGUCUCAACAUGACCAAGUGGUACGAAAUGGUUGCUUUUGAUACUGUGGGCGAAAUGGCUUUCGGAGAGUCGUUUCACAGCGUAGAAGCUGGGAAGCCCCAUAGCUGGUCAGAGAUUUUAGUCAGCCAUCUCUACUUCAUCACGCUGAUUGAUAAUCUUCGUCGUUUGCCGUUCGUCGCAGGGCUAGCUAAACUUCUGUUUCCAUCAACACUGGCCGUGCAAAACCAGAAUUCUCAGUACAGUCGUAGAAAGAUUGAACAGCGUCUAGCAAAAAAGUCCAGUAGGAAUGAUUUCCUUUCCACUGUCGUCAAAGGGUACGAGGAAGGGACCAUAGGAAAGGAGGAAAUGACGGCGCACGCCUCCACGUUGACUAUUGCGGGUGCAGAGACUACCGCGACUUUCCUGGCCGCGGUAACAUAUUACCUGCUGCGGAACCCUGUAUGCCUUGCCCAUGUUCAGGAAGAAAUCCGGAGCAGAUUUUCAUCUUAUAAUGAGAUCAACGCUACAGCAGCUAGGCAACUCACCUAUCUGCAGGCUGUCAUCAGCGAAGGACUCAGAAUGUACGCACCUGGCAGCCAAGGCUUCCCUAGAGUGUCCACAGGCAUGAAUGUAGGAGAUGUAUUUGUCCCAGCCGGCGCUGAGGUGUUCACACACGCCUGGACAUUGACCCAUAGUGAGCAGAACUUCACCGAUCCGAACAAGUUCAAGCCCGAACGCUGGAUGGAUCCCAAUUCUACCGACAUAAAAGCAGCUAGCCAGCCGUUCUCUAUGGGAUCAAGAGGAUGUUUAGGCCAAAACUUUGCAUACAUGGAGAUCAACUUGAUUUUAUCCAAGAUGCUAUGGAAGUAUGACAUGGACCUUGUAAACAACAAUUUGGACUGGGAGCGAGAGAGCCGUUUGCAUGUGAUGUGGUGGAAGCCCGCAUUGAUGGUUCGAUUCAAGGAAAGAAGGUCUAACUAA